AUUUCAGUGUUCAACACGUCUUUCUGUGAUGUAGUAUUUCCGUUAGAGCUCUUAGCAUGGGUAAACUGGUUCCCGGAUUAUCCAUGUGCUGGCUGAUUUUCCAGUUUCUUGUGUAUUCAGAGGAAGCCAUUUCAUCUGCCGCUGAACGUUCAGCAGAUCCACCAAAGAUCAGUGUGACUAUAAUAAAUAAGCAGUACAUUCGAGUCACUUGGAAGCGAGAGGGUCCAUGGAGCUCCGUAAGGGAUUUCACUAUCGAUUUCAGAGGCACUGGUGAAAGGCCUACUUCUAAAUAUUGUACUGGUUUGAUAAUACCAUGCAGCAGUGAUGUUUGUAGUUUUGACAGUAACGAACGCUGCCCAAGUUUUGGUGUAUGUCAUGACGUGGGAGUUGUUAUAAGAGGAAAUGCCUACAAUUCUCGUGAACGUAAAGUACGAACAGAUGCUUACACGCCAGCCUCUGUGAGCGUAGAAUCGAACGGCGGUACGUUGAAUGUAAGCUGGCGAGGCCCAGCAAAUAAGGACGGAGAUUGUUAUGCCGGGUCUGUCCUCACCGUAUCAACGCCAUGGACGGAAUACAGGGCUAGUUUCACCGAAAUCCUCAACCAGUAUCAGCACAGCCACAGUCUUACGGGGUGUGAUGUAGGGAAUGUAACGGCGUCCCUGAGGUCUUUCGAUCUGAUGGGAAACAGCAACACAGUGACCAACAGCACAGAAUACUUAGGAGAAAGUGCUUUCCCUGUCAUCAGUGACCUGAAAGUUACACCUGGACGCAGAAGUUUUUCUGUAGCCUGGGAACUCAAUGAAAAUUGCACAGAGGUGACUUACUUACUGACAUGGACGCCUCCGGACGCCGGUGGAGAAAUAACAGUUUCAAACACUUUUGCCAACAUCACAGGUCUAUCGUCCUAUCAAGAAUAUUUGGUCACAGUGCAGCCUCUGGAAGGAAUAUAUAACUUGGGAGCACCAAGAAGUGAAAAAGUAUUCACAGAAUAUGAAGAUUACCCAGAAGUCAACGUGACAAUAAUAAAUAAGCUGCAUAUUCGAGUCACUUGGAAGCGAGAGGGUCCAUGGAGUGCCGUAAGAGAUUUCACUGUCGACUUCAGAAGCAUUGGUGAAAGACCUACCUCGCAACCUUGUACUGGCCUGAUAAUACCAUGCAGCAGAGAUUUUUGUAGCUUUGACAGCAACGAACGCUGCCCGGGUUUUGGUGCCUGCCGUGAUGUGGGAAUCGUUAUAAAGGGAAAUGAAUACAGUACUGAUGAGCUUCAAGUACGGACAGAUGCUUACACGCCAGCCUCUAUCAGCGUAGACUCGAACGGCGGUACGCUGAAUAUUUCCUGGCGAGGCCCAGCAAAUAAAGACGGAGAUUGUUAUGCCGGCUCUGUCCUCACCGUAUCAACGCCAUGGACGGAAUACAGCGCUAGUUUCACCGAAAUCCUCAACCAGUAUCAGCACAGCCACAAUCUUACGGGCUGUGAUGUAGAGAAUGUAACGGCGUCCCUGAGGUCUUUCGAUCUGAUGGGGAACAGCAACACGGUGACCAACAGCACAGAAUACUUGGGGGAAAAUGCUUUCCCUGUCGUCGACGACCUGAAAGUUACACCUGAACGGAGAAGUGUUUUUGUAACUUGGGACCUUCUAGGAAAUUGUACAAAAGUAACCUCCUAUCUACUAGCAUGGACGCCUCCGGACGCCGGUGGAGAAAUAACAGUUUCAGACACCUUUGCCAACAUCACAGGCUUGUCCCCCUGUCAAGAAUAUUCGCUAGCAGUGCAGCCACUGAAAGAAACAGAUAACUUAGGAGCACCAAGAUAUGAAGAAAUUAUCACAGGAUAUGAAGUUCCUCAAACACCAACCAAUGUGACAGUACUGGCAAUUGAAAGAAAGUCAGACAGUCUGCACGUAACUUGGACCCAGCCCUCCCCUCCUGGUCCCCUGUGCCCCAUCACCAUCAACCACAUCAGCUGGUCUAGAGCCGACACAGGUGGAUCAGCUGGCGAGGAAGAAAUUGCUGCCAGUUCAUCCUACACCAUCGUCGGCCUAGAUCCCUGUGCCCCAUACAGCAUCAUUGUGAGAGCGGCUAACGAGAAGGGUUAUGGGGACCAAUAUGGAGAGAAUAUUGGAAACACAUUCGCCAAACCUCCACAAGCACCAUCCAAUAUAAGAGUACUGAUGGUGGAAAAUGUGUCAGACCACUUGGAUGUGACCUGGACACAGCCUGCACCUCCUGGACCCUUGUGCCCCAUUACUAAUAACACCAUAAGGUGGACUCUAGCUGAAACAGGGGAUGCAGUUGGUCACGAGGAAAUCGUUGCCAGUACAGCAUACUCCAUAUCUGGCCUGGAAGCCUACACUACUUACAUGGUACAUGUGAGUUCUAAAACAGAUGGAGGUUUUGGUCAAGAAGGUACUGCAAAUAAUACCACUGACCAAGACAUUCCUGGUUCUGCAAUAAUUACUUCGCUGGAUGUCAUAACGCCUUCAUCACUUUUAGCUAAAUGGCUCCCGCCGCCUCAGCCAAAUGGUGUUAUCACGAGAUACAAGAUUGAAUGGAGAUAUGGAAAUCAGGUUGAUUUUACAGACCUGAAUUAUAACGAAACACAUUACAAAAUAACAAAUUUAACAGCUUGUGUCUUCCAUGAAAUUACCAUUAUGGCCGAGACUAUAAAAGGUUUUGGAGACAGAUGUGCCGGAAAUACAACAAUGGCAGUAGCCCCAGAAGCUCCAGAUGAUGUGGUUGCUGUUAUGGUGCCUAAUAUAUCAGAUCAGCUUAAGGUAACAUGGACACAGCCAAUGCCAUACGGAAAGUGUACCAUCACCAGCAGCAAGGUCAUGUGGAUAUGGCAGAACUAUGGAGAAAAUCAAGUAAACGAGACAAUCAUAUCAAACACCUCCAAUUAUACCAUCAGCGGCCUAAAGCCAUAUACCAAUUACACUGUAUGUGUAGCAGUUAAAACAGAAGGAGGCUACGGACCCAGUGGAGACUGCUCUAGUGCUGUCACUGAACAAGAUGUUCCAGGACCUCCAAUUGUAACAGACAUAGAGCCUUCUUUGAAUAGCAUUCAGCUGUUGUGGGAACAUCCCGUUGAACCUCGCGGAGAAUUGCUGUUCUAUAAUUUGAGCUGGAUGAAUACAGCAGAUAUCUCUGACGGCGGCAACGAAAAAUUACCUGCAAACCACACAAGCUACACUAUCACUGGGCUUCAGAGCAACUCAGAGUAUAACAUCUCACUCAUGGCAAAGACUUCUGCCGGUUGGGGCACCGUUUUGGCAGAAACACAUGAAACGACUAAACCCCCAACCACUCCUGAGCCUCUCUGGAUGCUCGUCUUCGUCGUUGUUGCAGUACCGGCAAUAAUAGGAUUGUUCGUGUAUAGACGGAACCGAGAUUCAGGAUUUCUGCCUAAUGUAAACGAUAUCCGGAAGGGCAGCACAAGCAAUUAUAAAAAGAAAAAUUCCUUCCAAAAUGAAAGCUAUACAUAUGAUGAACAAGAUGUGGAAGAAAUUACUGAUGAACAAGAUCCAGAAGACGGUACUGAAAAUUAUGUAUCUGAAAGCCUGGAAAUAUCAGCAAAUCCCAACUUCUCUACAAAGACAAUAUUUAACAAGAAUGAAAAGAAAGCAGUUGAGGGCGACACGAACCAUACAACCGAAUUUAGUUCGGAAGAUAUGCUGUCAUUUCAGAAUAUUACCAAGAAAGCAGAAAACAACUCUGUUCCUGUAAACCUCGAGGUAGAAUCAACUGACAGCAAUCCGCAAAAGAUAUCAAACAGGGGUGUUUUUACCUGGAACGGUUCGUUAGUGCGAGAUGUUAUAGAGAAGACCGAGAGCAGAAAAUCCGUAUUGGAUUUGAAGAACAUGGGGGAUAUUCACGAAGCGGCAAGGGGAGGGCUCGCUGGCGACGUGCUUAGAUCGCUCGAAGAUGGCGAAGACCCCUCUGCUUCUACCAUCAGCAAUAACACUCCACUCCAUUAUGCAGCCUAUGAAGGACACACCGAUGUUUUAAGAAUAUUGCUGGAUAAUAAAUCUGACCCAAACUGCGCAAAUGAUUCUGGUGACACCCCACUACAUCUUGCUGCAAUAAAUGGAAAGACUGAUGUUGUGAAAAUAUUUUCUGAAGCGGAAGGUGUUCCUUUAAAUCAACCAAGUGCAACGAAUCAAACACUUCUUGCAUACGCAAGAUAUGGAACGGAAAAGCCAAUGUUGGAUGUUCUUAGAAACCCUGAGACUGUUUCACCUGAAGGUAACACACCGCUCCACUGUGCAUCACUGGCGGGCCAUACGGAAGUUGUUAAGUUGCUGCUGAUGAAAAAAGCAGACGUUAAAAGUGAAACGCCUACCCAUCACACACCAUUGCAUUAUGCUGCUCUCAGAGGGAAUGCCAUUCUGGUCAAACUAUUGGUCUCUUAUGGAGCCGAUCCUAAUGCUAAAGACGAACGAAAUAACACACCUCUUCAUUAUGCCGCUCUUUGCGGACACACUUUGGUUGUCGAGCUGCUGGUGGAUGAUAGAGCAGACAUAAACAUUCGAACAGACAUGGGACUCUCAGUCCUUCACAAGGCUUCAUUCUACGGAAGGCUAUCCACUGUCCAGAAACUUGUUGAACUACAAGAUACUCUUGUCUACACACGUGACAAGGAAAAUUUGAGUGCAAAGGACACUGCUCUCAUCCGCGGUCAUGUUCACACAGCCUGGUGGCUCAACAAGAAUGCAGUUGAAACUUCUUUACAAGAUCAGAAACACUUAACGAGUAUUUGUAUGAGCCGGUACAAACAAAGUGGAGACUUCUACCACACUUACUGCAGAGAGAAGAACGCCAGCGCGGAAGCUCUAGCCACUGCCAUUGACUUCGGCGUCUGCGACAUGCACUACCAAGACGAGCAGGGCCGGACGCUGCUCCACGUGGCCGCGGAGCAGAACGACCCACUCAAAAUCCGGGUUCUGCUGGAGCGCGGCGCCCUGCCCACCGCCCGCACCCACGACGGCAAGACGCCCUCGGACCUCACCCGGGAGGAAGGCCACUUGGAGGCUGCAAAGACGAUUGCAGACAAUGUCAGAGUUGAAGAAAUGGGUCAUAAAAAGAGCAUGCUUUAUACUCGCCUUUUGAAUCAAAUAACUGCAAUAGCAAAAGCUAACUUACAAGGAGAUAAUGAGGAACAGGCAACCCGUCUGGCAGCCGUGAAGGAGGUUUCCUCACUGCUGGCUUCCGGUGCCCCUCUGGAGCCCCCGGGAGGACACUCCUGCUACCCGUUGCACCAUGCCAUCACAGCUAACUGCACUUCUCUGCUGCCGCUACUGCUGGCUGCUGGAGCGCCGUUGACGUCGUCUGCUGACAGUUUUGGUCCAGUACAGAUGGCAUGGAUGACCCCGGAUGCCACGCCUUGGGUCGGCGUUGUUGUAACAAGGGCUGCAAUACAUAAGAUCCGGAUGGAAAUGAAGCUCCUGGAUCCAGAACUGCAGAGUUCAGCAGAAACUUUAGUGAAGUCAUUGGAGGGAGACAAACCUUGGGCUGCAAAGAGCGUCAUCGGAGACUCUUCAAGCACACUAGACAGUCUUUUGUUCCGAGCCUGUGCCAGUGGAGCAACCACACUUGCCUGGUGGAUCUGGCACAGCGGAGGCAGUGCUGUGUCCCAGAACAAGAACGAGGAAACGCCCCUGCACGCCGCCCUCGACGCAGAGCAUCUUGACACAGCGACUGCCCUCGUCCUCCACAUGGGGGCGAACCUGUUCCUUCCGGAUAAACACGGACGUGCCCCAUUCGACCUCAUUCCAGAUGCUGCCACCAGAGAGCACCUUCUUAAGGUUUCUCUGGCGAGAGAAUGUCGACGUUUGGCUGAUGAAUCAGAGAAGGCUCGAGAACCAAUACAGAAAGAGGAAGCAAAAAAGUUUGUUGUACUUCUCCUUUCAUUGUAUUGGGCAUAUUAUUCAGAAACAGAUAUUGACUAUGAUUGGAAGGCAAUCUUCGGGGGCCUAAACGAUGAAUUAUCUGAAGGUGAUGAAGACUGGAUGGCAAAACUCUUUCGUGUCAUCAGAAAACAGAAUACAAGAGAUCGUGAAGAUAAGGGAUUGGUAAGUAGCUCCAGUGAUGACACCUACAGUGACUUGCUGGACCAAUUUGCUGAAAGACCGUCAACGUAUAUUGCAUCUAGUAUACCUCUGGGUAAUACAGAAAACAAUUUACAGAUGAACACAUUUAGUGAAAUCUUAGAAAAAGCAAUGAUUCAGAGUUGUGAAAAGGAGUUCCCACUAUUUCUCCAACUCUUGGUGCAUGAGGGAGGCCAGGAGGUCAAUCAAGAACUUGGAGUGUGUCGGGCAUCGCCCUUGCAUUACGCCGCUCUGAAGAACAACGCUUCUGCAGCCAGGUACCUCGUCAGUCACGGAGCUUCGGUUGAGGCGAAGGAUCGUUUCAGUAACACACCUGCACACUAUGCCUGCAUGUAUGGCCACAAGGAUCUAGGGGAAUAUUUGAGGACAUAUAAAGUAAACAUAUAUGGAUUGACAGCAAUGGACAUUCUAGAUGGUUAUGAGAAAUACCUGAAGCUAUAUGAACUGGAUUUAAAAUCUCUAGAGAACAUAGAUAUGCAAAAAACUAAUACUGGACCUCAAAGAAUAAAAAUUCUUUUGAAGGAAUUCAAGAAAAAAUGGCAGUCAAAUGGCAUAAGCAAAACAAUAGGUAAAGUCCAUGUCAACUAUUCAAGGGGAGAAUCUCGAGAAAUAAAAACAGCUGUAUUAAAUUUUGUAGACAGUCUCAAAAACUCAGUUGCAAAGAAAAAUCCUAUGUUCAAUGGGGAAGUAGUAAUGCUAGGAAGUUCAGCAGACAAUGUGAGGCUCUUUUGCCCUGAUGAGUUUGACUGUAAUAUUGUAUUAAACAGUUUUAAUGGAGGUCUGCAAGUGUCACUGGAAGAAAUGGGACCUAAUCAUAGCGGCUGUAAAACUAAAAUUAAUGUAUCAUCAAACGACAAAAACAUUAUCAGCCUUCUUAAAGGAAAUAGAUUCUUGCAUACAUUUUAUGAUCUGGUUAAGGAGUGCAUUUCAAAUAUUGAUCCUGAAGAUAAAAGGAUGACAAUUAUCCCACCUGGGAUAAAAAGGACCAAAGUUGGAGUGGGACUCAGCCUUGCCUGGAUGGGUACGGAGUAUCCUUUACUGCUGGUGGAUGUGGAUAUCGUACCCACUAUGGAAGCUCCAUGGCCAGCAGAUCUGCCGAGGCCACCCCUUACACCGCCUCACCUGAAGUCAGUGUACAUAAACAGCAUUGGCAACGGCGAGUGGAGGUUCUCCUUCGCAAAGGCAGAGAAUGAAAUCAUGAACAAUCUGACUCCUGAUCAGAGGCUAGUGUUUCUGGCUUGUAAGUUGGUUCUUAGUUCCCUCAAAGUGGAAAAGUGGGCACCAAGAGAUAUUCAGAACAGAUUUAAAUAUUUUGAUAAAAUUUUCUUCAAAAUUCCUUCACCAAAAAGUUUUAUCUUAAAAAACACAUUUUUCUUGGAACUACAAGAUUUCAAAGACCAGAGAAACUAUUGGAGAGACCACUUAGAGAAAAGGAUAAGGUCAGUCUUUGAACGCAUGUGUGAAAAAGAUAUCAAAGGACCUGUGAAAAUAGAAGCUUACUUUGCAGGCGAGACAGAACCCUCAUCCCUUGGAUACGGGGCAUCAGAAAUCGUUUCAUUUUUCACUCCUAAACCCGGCUUUCACGGGGUAAGUGAAUACUAGGCUGGACGACCAGAUUAUAAUUAUCAGCUUCAAACAAUUCCUAAGGGUUUUAUGUGUCAUCUUUAGUUGAGUAUUUUGCCUGGGAUUGUCAGGCAUUGGAGGGGCAGUUUCCAUUACUACGGAGGGCCUCGCUGUUAACAUCCCAUUAUCGCAUUGACUCUUUCUUUAACAAUUAAUGUUUUCUUAUAAAACCAUAAAGCCGGGCUGGGCAAUGUGUGUUUACCCAAAGGAGGAUCUCCAACCCUGUAUCUUGGUGUGAAUAUAACUUUCAAUAGUAGCCUCGUUAACAAAACUGAAGGAAUGCUAGAACCUCCAAUUUUUCCACAUCGCUCAACUACUCUGAAGUUUAUGCUUGGGUUGUUCUCUUACUAUAUAUGAUUAACUAUGUCAAAGCAUUUUUUAACAACAAGAAGUUUCAGUCUUCAGAAGCGGUAGAGAUAUUCCUGUUAUUCGUUAUUGGUUCCAAUUUUCAUAAUGAAAUUAUUAAAUGCAGAACAUUUGCGAGAGUAGUUAUGCUACCCCAUGUCAUUUCCUGUGAAAGAAAUUAUUUUGGUUGUUUGAAGGCAAAUUAAUAAGCCAUUGGUCUUUUUUGUAUACAUAGAAUAGUAAAAAUUAUAUUCUCAUUGUCUAGUCACUGUAGUGGAAUUUGAUAAAUAAACUUGAAAUAAGAGUAUAUUUUAGAAGAGAAUGGUGUUUGAUAUUUCUUUCCCGCUAUUACAGUUAAUAUUUACUUUUCCACAUUAAACUAAACGGUUAACUCUAUUUAUAUUUACUCUGAGAAUUUUGUAUUGUCUUUCCUUCUUUUAUUUAGUUUGGUUAGUAAAUCAUGCUGAUAUUACUGUGAGCUCAGCUUUGUGUUUGGUUUCUGGAAGCAUUUGAUCAUUCAUGACUCGAAUCUCGGUUUAACUACAAACUUUUAGAAAAGAAAAACUUGUUUGUAGAAAUUUAAAGAAAAUAAUUGAAAUGUAUAUUAGACUCAAAUGAUUUGUGUGUGUGUGUGCAUCAUUAUGUGAAGUAUUUAACUUUUAGUUAAUGUUAAAAUUUUCAUCUGCUUGUCCGGUAUUUCAUGUCAAAUAAAAGGGAUUGCCUAGUGUUAGUGUGAAUAGAAAGAGGUGUUCUAUAAACAUUAUAUAUUUCUUGAUUAAUAAUGGAAAAAGGUAAAUUGGUAACGGUAAAAUGAUUUAUUGAAGGAUAAAUAAUUUCAGUAAAGUUUGUCGUGGUCAGUGUCUUCUAUUUUGUUCAUACUGUUUUGCCGUAAAUAUAAAUUCAGUUAAAGUAACUGUCUUUAAGAGAAAUUCAAAUGAAGUAAUUCAGUAAAAUUUAGUAUAGUGGCAACUUACAAUGGAUUCUCAGACAUUCCAUUUCAACAAUCAUUUCUAAUCAAUUAACACUUCAUAUUAUGUUCUGUAUUUUAGACCUUAUAUACAAUGUUAUUAGCAUAAAUCAUUCAGAGAAUAAGUAGCAGCUUUUUUUCUUUACUUUUCUUUCUUUCUCUCUUUCUUUUUCUAUCUUUCUUGAGAUUAGACAGAGCAUUCGUAAUAAUAAUAUCAGCCAAAAAUCAAUAAUUCAUAAUGUAUGCCGUCCCACGCCUGCACAAGGACCUGACUUACAAACAGGUAAAUCAGCUGAUAUAUUUGCUGAACUCGGAUCAACAUCAAUUUGUUGUCGAUAAAAAAAGACAUAGAUUUCAUAUCUGUUAAAUUGUAUUUAUAUUUCAUGUCAAAAAAUGUGAAUUGUAAACGACACCAAGUCAUGUACUAAUCAUCAAUAAAGCAUUAUUAGAAUUAA